UCGAUUGUGGCGGCGAUGAUUGUCGAUGACUGCGCAUAGGAGGAUGAUGUCUUUCCGCUUCAAUUUAAAAAUUAGACUGAUUUAGUAUCACUUGAACAACGGAAUCGGUCGGAACUCGACGGUCCGAAAGCGAACAUCUUUUUCACAUUCGCGGUGUGGCUGACGCUCCUCAGGGACGCACAUUCGAAACAAGAAAUUAUUAUUAAAUGCUCUGUACGGAAAAAAGGGCAUCGUGAUAACGCGAACAGUAGUCGAAGGCGAUAAUCAGUUCUGUGUGUGACAUGCUCAGUGGGAUUAAAGGCUAUAAAGUGUGAAAAGUGGAAUGUACAAGAGAAGAGCGGGCUUUAAAGGAUGCUAAAACAAAAUGUGAUCGAGAUCUCGUUCGAUGUGGAAUAUCAGUUAGCACCUUUGACAAUCAAAGUGGAUGAUUGAAGCUUGAAGAAAAUACUGUGUCUUGUGAUUACCAGAGCACGACAAAAAGGUGACCAAUAUAAUCAGUGAUAAGAAAUGAGCAGGAGAUUUCGUCACUAUCGUAGAACACAGGUGAUAUCAACGAAAAAAAUGAGCUUGAAAUCAACUUGAAUGUCUUAAUGUGCCUCGCGCUGUUAUCGCUCAUCAAAAGUGUGUUUGUUCUCCUACGAAGCCACUAGCAGCAGCACCAGACACCGGAAUAGAGUGUCCGUGUCGGAAGAAAAAAAAAUAUCCGAUCCAACCCCCACCCACCACCCCACGACCCAUCAUCAUCAGCGACGAAGAUGAUGAUUCAGCCAAUGUUGGCCGGGAAGCGUGUUCUCCUCGCUCUGGGAGCGCUCGCUACGCUAACGCUUAGCUAUGCCGACGGAUUCGCCGCAGGUCUGACAGGCGAUCAAACCCAACGGUGCACACAGGAGCGGUAUCAGAAAAUGGUCGGCUACAACUGCGCCGACCUCAAGCUGAAGGAAAUUCCUCAGUACCUCAAGAGCGGUUUGCUGAUUCUCGAUGUAAGCUUCAAUCGCAUACGUGACCUAAAGAGACAGUCUUUUUCCCGGUAUACGGACGUCAAGUAUCUGUAUCUGUUCGAGAAUAUGAUUCAGAACAUCGAGGAAGGAACGUUCAGCGAACUGACCAAUUUGGAGGCCUUGGAUCUUUCGAACAACGCUCUACGCACGAUACCACUGGAAAUUUUUCGAUUAUCUCUGUUGAGGAACCUCUACGUAGCAUACAACAAACUGGAAGACCUAGAGGAAGAUCUACUACAGCUGCAGAAGCCAAUCGAAGCGCCUCUGCAGAUCUUAAGCCUUGCCGAAUGCUGGUUGGAACGGUUGCCUAAUUUUGGAAUCCUACCGGACCUAUGGCAACUGAACAUUUCCUCAAACCCGAUGAAGGAUCUAACGAUUGACCAAUUUGCACCCAUGUGCAAUCUUCGAUCGCUGGACCUGAAUGCUACCCGCAUACCGCAAUGCGCUUGCCAAACCAUCACUGCUGAGCUGUCGACGAGGCGGACAGUGAUCUACAAUAGCCACCCGAACUGCUUUGCAGAGCAUACGGCCUGCAAUCAGGACACAUCUACCGUCCCACCAACAAGCCCCGGGCCCGACGAGUAUCAACAGUGCAUGGACGUUCGGUACGCCCGCCAACAGGACAGCGAGGCCAAAACGGCCUGGUUCAAGAUAUCCCUCGGGGUGAUCGCGUGUAUCGUUCUGUUUUCGAUCAUCCUCUGCUACAUCCACCGGCGGAAUGCCAGAAACAUGAAGGACCACAGGAAGAAACACAACACGAUAAAAAAUCCAACUCCCAUCAACCGGAUAAUGGUGCCAUCCGAAGACGACACGCCCAAGGUCGUCGAAAAUGGAAACCGUGAUAAACUUAUUAACGAUUGUGAUUAGCUACAAUAGGGAUUUUCCAACACGCAUACACAAACACACACUGUCCUCACGCAGCAAGUGCCUUCGUUCAAAAGAAACGAUACAAAUUCGAACAAACAAGACUAAACGAUUAGGAUUAACGGUCGAUGAUCAAAAGUGUAAAUAGAUAUUCUAUUAUAGUUCAUAAUUAGAUAGUUAGGAUUCAUCAUCACGGUCACCUCAAAGAUAGUAUGUAGGAUUAGAUUUAUAUCGAUAGACUUUUCGCAUCGAGAGCAAUUGCUAUUUACAAAUUUAUUUUGAUCUUGCCACCUACUUUUUACGUUAGUUGAAUUUACUGGAGAUUGGAACACGACAGCUGUGCUAGAGCGCCAAAGAGUUGAAUAAAUCAUUGCCAUUGUUUUAUUGUGUUAAGAACUA